AUGGCUGGCUGGACGCUGGACCCUAGCUACAAAGAGGCCUGCUAGGGGGCACCACGAUCCAUCCAUCCAUCCAUCCAUUCAGAACGCGUCAGCACUGGGGUUUGUGAAUUUUUGUGUCGGGAUUUGAUAGGGGCGUUUUUGAUAUGUGGUGUGUGUUAAACAAAGCGAUCGACUGCUCAGUAAUUUGGUGACCGCAUACGGACAUCUGUGCUCACAUUGCCAGAUACUAGCACAUUUGUGGGCGAAAUGGCUGAAGUAAAGUAUCCAGACGGUGGUGCACCCGAUGUUGGGGAUGCCGUCACGUCGACGAGCUUUUUCUCCUCGGAUAUCAGGAAGCACGAAGACCUCAAAAACAUGCUUGACAGUAGCAAAGACGGGCUGAAACUGGAAGCGAUGAAACGGAUCAUUGGUAUGAUAGCCAAAGGGAAAGACGCGUCCGAUUUGUUCCCAGCAGUGGUAAAGAAUGUCGUCUCGAAAAACAUGGAAGUAAAGAAGCUCGUGUAUGUGUACUUGGUAAGGUACGCCGAAGAGCAGCAGGAUUUAGCACUCUUAUCUAUAUCUACCUUCCAGCGAGCACUAAGAGACCCAAAUCAACUGAUCCGUGCCAGUGCCUUGCGCGUUCUGUCCAGCAUCAGAGUACCGGUGAUCGUACCUAUCAUGAUGCUCGCUAUCAAAGACGCCGUGAGCGACAUGUCGCCUUACGUGCGCAAAACUGCAGCCCACGCAAUCCCGAAGCUGCACAGUUUGGACCCCGAGCAGAAAGAGCAAUUGAUGGAGGUGAUUGACAAGCUUCUGGCUGAUAGGACAACGCUGGUGGUCGGCAGCGCCGUGAUGGCCUUCGAAGAGGUGUGUCCCGAACGAAUUGACCUCAUCCACAAAAACUACCGGAAACUGUGCAAUUUGCUUGUCGAUGUAGAAGAGUGGGGCCAGGUGGAAAUAAUCCUCAUGUUGACCAGAUAUGCACGGAACCAGUUCGUAGAUCCUCGGAACUGCGGCGACGACGCUGUUAUUGACCCUGACUUGCGUCUACUGCUGCGUAACUGCAAGCCCUUACUGCAGAGCCGGAACUCUGCAGUAGUGGUGGCUGUUGCCCAGCUCUACUACCAUGUGGCACCACGCAGCGAAGUACAGCUCAUGGUGAAAUCGUUGAUACGUCUCCUGCGAGGUCACCGUGAGAUACAGAGCUUGGUCUUGAGCAACAUUGCCACUGUAAGCACACGCCAGCCAGGCCUCUUUGAGUUGUACCUUAAGAGCUUCUUUGUGCGCUCAUCAGACCCCACACACAUCAAACUGCUCAAACUGGAAGUGCUCACAAACUUAGCAACCGAGACAAACGUGCCCAUUGUCUUGCGAGAGUUUCAGACGUAUGUAGCCAGUUCCGAUAUGGAGUUGGUAGCCGCCACCAUUCACAGCAUAGGCCGCUGUGCUAGCCGUAUCCGGGAGGUAGCAGAUACCUGCCUCAAUGGGCUCGUCUCACUGCUAUCUAAUCGGAAUGCGACCGUGGUUGCGGAAAGCGUGGUGGUGAUCAAGAAGUUGCUGCAGACACAGCCUACCCAGCGCACAGAUAUUAUCAGCCACAUGGCACGUCUCAUGGAUGGUAUGACAGUUCCAAUGGCCAGAGCCUCCAUCCUGUGGCUGCUCGGAGAGUAUGCCCAGCAUGUGCCCAAAAUUGCACCUGAUGUUCUGCGCAAAGUAGCCAAGACUUUUGUUGAGGAAGAAGACAUUGUCAAACUGCAGGCCCUGAACCUGGCAUCUAAACUGUACCUCACAAAUCCCAAGCAGACCAAGCUGAUAGCGCAGUAUGUGUUCAAUUUGGCAAAGUACGACCACAACUAUGACAUCCGUGACAGGGUUCGCUUUCUGCGUCAACUUGUCAUGGGUGACAGCAUUAUCUCUAUGCAUUCUACAAAGUUCUUGCUUACCUCGAAACCUGCACCCAUAUUGCAGUCAAAGUUUGAGAACAGAGACCAGUACCAGAUGGGUUCCCUGUCACAGUUCAUCAGUGCUCGAGCCAGUGAAUACAGAGACUUGCCUGAAUUUCCGGAUACUGCUCCGGAUCCAUCUGUUCGCAACGUUGAAGCCCCCGCUGUCUGGGAAGAGACACGUCCAGUCAAGAAGAAGCCAAAGUCUUUCUACUCGAGCUCCCCUGAAUCAAGUGAAGAAUCUUCAGAGUCUUCAGAUGAGGAAACAGAGAGUUCUGAUAGUGAAAACUCCUCCUCUGAUGACUCAUCUUUGUCUACGGAGGAAUCAGACAAGGAGUCCGAAACAAACAAAAAGGAAGCGCUCCUCCUUGACCUUGAUGACUUGACGUUAGUCAGUGGCCAUACACAGGCCUCGGUACCACUGCAACCAACAAGUCAGGCUACAACAUACUGCGCAGCGGCUGUGCCUGCCUUUGUGCCUCUUGAGUGCCAGGAGCUGUUAAACAAAGUGGCCGGGAAGGGUCUGUCAUUGCACUUCCGUUACAGUCGUACUCCGAGCAUGUUUUCUCCCAGAUUUACAUCACUCGAAUUAACGUUUUGUAAUCACAGUUCAGAAGAGCUCGGCGACAUACACAUUCCCGAUACUGAUUCAGUGAAAGGUGUCCAUCUGGGCAUCACUCUCGCUCCUGGGGCUUCUUCCACAACAGCUAUCGGCCUGGACUUUAAGGAAAGCACGCAACCAGUAACCCUGGAGGUCCGUAUUGGGGACAAGGCCACUCAUUCCACAAGCAUCAAGCCACCCAUUGGGGAGAUUCUCAGGCCUGUCAUUAUCUCGGCGGCAGCAUUUGCUGAACAUAGGGGACGUCUACGAGGCAUGAACGAGCACAGCUGUGAGCUGAGCCAACUGACUGACACAGUCACUGAGGCUGUCUAUCGCGUGGCUAAUGUGCUUGCUGUCGAACCUCAAGAUUCUAAUAUGUUUCGAUAUGCUGGCCAAACUUUAUCCACGGGUUCUCUCGUUCUGGUUACAGUUACCACUGGAGAUAAAGCCUGUCUAACUAUCAAUUGCGACAAGAUGGUUAUAGCUUCUAUGUUGCUCAAAGAGUUGAAGGAAGUGCUAUCCUGAUGUGUCUGGUUUUUGAACUUGUUUUUGUGCUUGGGAAAUUUCCUUCUGUUUCUCACGAAUAGGGAGCAGAAGCCGCUUUUUGUAAUGCACAGGAACACAAAGCAUUUCUCCAGUUGUAAUGCUUCUGCCCACUUUACUAUUGGAACUGUUCAAGUUGAUAUGAUGCAAUGAACCUUAUAAGUGAAGUUCCAGCUCACUCCUUCCCCAGCACUUUCUAAGGAGCAGAAAGACUGAUCACUAUUUAUGAAAUUAUGGACAUAAAGCACCAAUGUAACACUUGAGGGAGGUGAUACGCUGUUAAUAAAUGAAAUAAAUGCA